UUCUGGCGACAUGGAAAAGAAAAGGAUCGAGUUAUAUACUCCAAAGUACUAUUAUACGUGUGCUAUUGCAGGUGUAUUAGCAUGUGGGUUAACUCACACAUUUGUGACACCUCUUGACCUUGUAAAGUGCCGUAGACAGGUCGACGCCAAACUUUAUAAGGGUAAUUUCGAUGGAUGGUCAAAGAUCUAUCGUGCCGAAGGAUUUAGAGGAUUAUACACUGGUUGGGGACCUACUUUCAUUGGAUACUCCUUCCAGGGUGCCGCAAAAUAUGGUUUCUAUGAAUUAUUUAAAAAAAAAUAUACUGAUCUUGUCGGCGAAGAAACUGCUCACAAAUACCGUACGACUGUUUAUUUGGCCGCCAGUGCAAGUGCCGAAGUUCUUGCCGAUAUUGCUUUGUGUCCAUGGGAAGCAUUGAAAGUGAGAAUGCAAACAAGUACCGUACCAUUUGCUAAAACUACAUUUGAAGGUUUUAAUAAAAUUAAGAGUCAAGAAGGGUUAAGUGGCUUUUACAAGGGACUUACUCCUCUUUGGGGUCGACAAGUUCCUUACACUAUGAUGAAAUUCGCUAGUUUCGAAAGAACUGUCGAAUUUAUUUAUGCUUCUCUCGGAAAACCAAAACAAGACUAUAAUAAACUUGAACAAUUAGGCGUUUCUUUUCUUGGUGGAUACAUCGCUGGUGUAUUUUGCGCAAUUGUCAGUCACCCUGCAGACACCUUGGUUUCUAAGCUUAAUAAUGUAAAGAAAGCUGAAGGUGAAUCAACUCUUGCACUUUCUCUACGUCUUACGAAAGAACUUGGAUUCACUGGGAUGUGGCGAGGACUCGGCACUCGUGUUAUUAUGAUUGGUACAUUAACUGCUCUACAAUGGCUUAUUUAUGAUUAUGUUAAAGUUGCAACCGGGUUACCAACAACCGGCUCUAGUGGUGGUCAAGAGAAAAAAUAAGCGGAAAUUGAAACACGUUUAUCACUAUACUAUUACUAAUGAAAAAAGGACAGUCUAUUUAUUUUCAAGUCGGUUAAAAGAGUUAGUAUUUUACAAUCUUUAGAUUGGAUUUUCAAGAUGACGUUGAACAGUUAUUCAAUUCCGAAUUUUCUCUUUUAUCAUCAAUCUUUUCUUUAGCAAAAAAAUAAAAAUAAAAAUAAAAAAAAAUUAUAGAACCUUUAUUUAUUAUC